AUGGACGCACACAAAGAGGAAGUAGCGCGGAUCUCAGAGCGGGUUCAAGCCUUUCAGCGCUCUUCGACGGCGUUUCGAAUUUACCACGGCAGCACGCUCUCAACGAGGGAAUCGGCGCGGCAAAGAGACAGCAUAAUAGAUACGAGCAGGCUCAAUCAUGUCAUAGGAUUCAACACGCAAGAGAAAAAGGUGCUGGUGGAGCCGAACGUGCCGAUGGACGCGUUGGUAGACGCCACUUUGCGCGAGGGUCUGGUGCCGAAGGUUGUAAUGGAGCUUCCCAACAUUACUGUAGGAGGUGGAUUUGCGGGAACAUCAGGAGAAUCGAGCUCGUUCCGGUUUGGCCUAUUCGACAGGUCUAUGCGAGGGAUUGAGGUGGUGUUGGGUAACGGAGAGAUUGUGUGGGCAACGAGCGACCGCGAGGACCCGCACCGUGACCUGUUUUUCGCAUGUGCCGGCAGUUGUGGAACUUUGGGGGUCGUUACGCUGCUUGAGAUGGAGCUUAUUGAUGCACAGCCGUACGUCGAGCUGGAGUAUAAGGCGGUUACGAGCGUCAAAGAGGCUGUUGACGUGCUCCAAGAGGCCGAGCAAGACUCUCGCGUCGACUAUAUCGAUGGAAUACUGUACUCGAUGACCAGCGGUGUGAUUAUGAUUGGGCGGCUGCAGGCUGAGCCCAUUGAAAACCGAGUUCGAUCGUUUGACAAACCUUCGGAUCCCUGGUUUUACCUAGACGCUGAACAGAUCCUCAAAUGCAUAGAGAGAGGCGGAAAGUCAUACAAACAGAGCAUACCGAUCAAGUCGUACUUCUUUCGAUACGAUCGCGGUGUCUUUUGGGGCGGCGGGAUCGCUUUCAAGUACUUCUGCGUGCCAUUUCUGGACUUAACCCGGCGGCUGCUUGACCCUUACAUGUACAGCAGAACCAUGAUCCAUGCAUUGCACCGUUCUGGCAUAUCCUCGCAGGCGAUCAUCCAGGAUCUGGGUGUUCCAUACGAAAGCGCAGCAUCCUUCAUCAAGUGGACCGGUGAAAAGACAGGGUUCUGGCCACUAUGGCUAUGCCCUGUGAAGCCCCCACCACGAGACGAGUGCAGCUUCUCCAUGGCCAAUGUGGACCCUGACAAGACAGUGCUGGACGUCGGCAUAUGGGGCAUGGGACCCAGGGACCCUCGAAGGUUCGUUGCGCUCAACCGUGAAUUCGAGGCCAAAGUAGCCGAGCUUGGUGGAAUCAAAUGCCUGUACGCUCAUGCUUAUUACACCGAAGACGAGUUCUGGCGGAUAUACGAUGCAGAAAAGUACACAGGUCUGAGGCGAAAGUAUCACGCCGGGUCAUUGCCCAGCAUAUACGAUAAAGUAAAGGUCGAUCUUCAGGGUGUCGCCGGCCCCCGAAGCGUUCGAAAACAAGAGACAUGGGGCGAAUGGACGAGUCGGAAUUUCUGGAGGACAUGGCCGUUUGGCGGCCUCUAUGGAGUGGCUAGCGCGACCAAAGGGCUGGUUAUACAGAGCGACUUUUUACUGAAGAAGUAG